AUGUUUCAGCAAGACCUUGUGAUGAGAGCGGCGUACAUGGCCAGUCUACAGGACUCGGUCAGCGGUGCACCGCCAUCCCCCGGUGAAGCACAACUGCGCAGCAUGCAGCGAUGGCAAGCGCUCAGCCAACGCGGCUGGGGCGGCUGUGUGCCACCUUUGGACCUCUCAUGGAAUCACACCGGCUUCCUCAACCCUGACUCUGAACCCCUGGUCCAACAACACGCCGCGGCUCAGAGGUUCGCCCAGGGACGGGUGGUGUUCGAUGGGCACGACGCACUCGAGGCCCAGUACAGUCCCCCGGCAGGGCGGCAGGGUCAUGAGCACCACAGCGGCGAGAGCGAAGCCACGCGCUCGGCCGAAUCUUCCCCCACCGUCACCCCAGCCGCCGAGGUCGCCAGCCCAGACACGAUGAUGGACGAAUAUCCCGAGGACCUUCCUGAGGCGGCGCCGAGCCCAAGCCCGUUCGGGAACCACGGCCGCCGUCACAGUCAUGGUGGCCGCCAUAGCAGUGCGCGCAGCAUGCACGACCUGCAUCGUUCUCUUCUCAGCCCUUCUCACGGAACCAGCCCAUAUUCUGGGCGCUUUGGUGCCGGGAUCCGACGUGUAAACCACCAGCGCGGCCACUCAUAUCUCCCGAGCCCUAUGCCUUUUAUGAGCUCGGACGACGGUGCUCGUGGCGCCCGCAUCUAUGGUCGCCGCCACCACCAUCAACACGGCAUGUCCUCGGGCCAGGAUCCCUUCAGCUUGGGCGCCAUGAACGGCGCGCUGCGCCUUGACCCCGUCAGCGACUGGUUUGACCAGUACCUAGACCGGUAUCCUGGGCUCAGGCCUCACAUGGAGAUGGCCCGGGCAGCCGCCGCCGCCGCUGCUGUGACGCCUGAAGAUGAGAAUGACAGCAGCAGCAGCGGCAGUGACGUUAGCGGGGCCGAGCACUUCGUGCCACCCUUGGACCUCUUUGAGUUGCCUGACAAGUGGGUCCUGUACAUCUCCGUCCCGGGUGCCCUGGACAACAAGAUGGGCGUCACGUGGAACGCGCGCUUGUCCGCUGUACAGAUUGGUGGCCAGGUUGCCGGCCCCAGGCAAAGCAAUACAAACCUCGUCGUCUCGGAGAGGACGACGGGCUCAUUCUUGCGGAUAGUGAACCUACCGCCCGUAUUUGAAGAUGAUGAACAGGAGAAGGAUGAUGUGGGAGAGAAAGAGAAGGAGGAGGAGGAGGGGCCCAAACCGGAGGCCGACCCCUGCGGCAUCACGUCGAUAUUUCAGAACGGCAUCAUGAUUGUCACGGUGCUCAAGAAGACUGACGACGAGGCAGAGCGGACUGCGAUCUAG